GCUGGUGCAGAUACAACCACUACGCAGCAAUGUCCCGCGCCCCGGAGUGGAAGCAGAAAGAGCCUAAUCCAAGAGGUCUUGAGGCUCGCAGGGAUGCCAGGGACAGCAGAGGCAGCAACUGCAGCGGCCCCUCCGGCUACCUGGAACCUGGGGCCUCCAGCUCCCGUGAACCACCUCUGUGCUUUAAAUUGAACAACAAUGUGAUCGGUGCUGUGAUUGGUCGUGGUGGAUCGAAAAUCAAGGACAUCCAAGGUACAACAAACACUAGAAUUCACAUAAUAAACAGUGAUAGUGAAGCAGAGGUAAAAAUUUUUGGUAGCCACACCAUGAAAGUGAAGGCCAAAGCAAUUAUAGAAACUAUUGCUAAAAAACAAGAAGAAAGUUACCAUUCAGAAUGCAGGGUUAAUACUGCUGCUACCCAAUCUUCUGUUGGAAGAGAUUUAAGCACAGGUAAUGUCAGCAGAGAAGGUCGGCCAUUAAUAGAUUGGGAUCAAAUUCGGACACAGGCUGCUGAAUGGGAAAACAGGAAAUGGGCAGAUUUACCACCAAUUAAGAAAAAUUUUUACAUACAAUCCAUACCAACAAGUUCAAUGCCUCGAUUGCAAGUAGACAACUGGAGACGGGACAAUUUCAAUGUCAUGUGUGAUGACCUGAAAGACGGUGAAAAACGUCCUAUUCCCAAUCCAGCCUGUACAUUCGAAGAUGCAUUUAGAAGUUAUCCUGAAAUUAUGGCCAGCAUUAAAAAAGCAGGUUUUCUAAAACCAACACCAAUUCAAGCGCAGGCAUGGCCAAUUGUUCUACAAGGAAUAGAUCUUAUAGGAGUUGCCCAAACUGGAACAGGGAAAACAUUGUCCUAUUUAAUGCCUGGGUUUAUUCAUCUCAGUUUUCAACCAUUAACUAGAAACAAACGGAAGGGACCCGGCAUGCUAGUCCUUACACCGACUAGAGAAUUAGCUCUUCAAGUGGAAGCUGAAUGUUGUAAGUAUUCAUAUAAAGGUCUUAAAAGCAUUUGUAUUUAUGGUGGUGGAAAUAGAGAAGCACAGAUACAUGACAUCGCCAAAGGUGUAGACAUCAUUAUUGCAACUCCUGGCCGACUAAAUGAUCUGCAAAUGAAUAACUUUGUCAAUCUAAGAAGCAUAACCUAUUUGGUGUUAGACGAGGCAGAUAAAAUGCUUGACCUGGGGUUUGAACAUCAGAUAAUGAAGAUUUUAUUAGACGUGCGCCCAGAUAGGCAGACCAUUAUGACCAGCGCAACUUGGCCAGACAGUGUUCGCCGAGUAGCACAAUCUUAUUUGAAAGAUCCUAUGAUUGUGUAUGUAGGUACUCUGGAUCUACUUGCAGUAAAUACAGUGAAGCAAAAUAUAAUCGUUACUACAGAAGAAAAGAAACGAUCUCUUCUCCAAGAGUUUCUGGAAAGUUUGUCACCCAAAGACAAAGUGAUCGUGUUUGUCAGCCGAAAACUUAUUGCUGAUGACUUGUCAAGUGAUUUAAGCAUCCAGGGUAUACCUGUACAAUCUCUGCACGGCAAUGGAGAACAGAGCGAUCGUGAGCAAGCAUUAGAUGAUUUUAAAAGGGAAAAAGUAAAAAUACUGAUUGCUACUGACUUAGCAUCCCGGGGCCUUGAUGUUCAGGAUAUCACACAUGUAUAUAAUUAUGAUUUUCCCCAGAAUAUCGAAGAAUAUGUCCACAGAGUGGGGCGCACUGGGAGAGCAGGAAAGAGUGGCACAUCAGUUACCCUUAUCACUCAAGAUGACUGGAAGAUCGCCAAUGAAUUGAUUAAAAUUCUGAAAAGAGCAAAUCAGUUUGUCCCAGACGAGCUUGUGACAAUGGCUGAGAGAUACAAGGCAUAUAAACAGCAGAAGGAAACAGGAAAAAAAUCAAGAAAAUCUCGAGGAAAAACUAAGUGUUAUUGGUAACUACACUGAAAAGUUGUAUCAGGCUACUAAAAGGCUCAAGAUAUGUUAAAAAUAAUGCAGUAUUUAAGAUACAUACCCAAGUACUAGAAACAUACUGGUAAUGUGACCAAUUCUUAAAAUAAUACUGCUAAGCAUUUGAUGUUGUAUAGUUCCUCAAUAAAGUUACAAGUGUUUUACUUAAAUGUUGUGUUGUUCCAAGUCUAGUUUCAUUUAUAAGGCUGCCAUGUCCAUCAAUGUCUUCUCUAAAACACUUAGUAGAAGACAGUGAUGCUGCUUUUCUUGCUUAAAAAUGGUUGUACUGAAUAG